AAAGUUUAAUGGCUGCCAAUGUAAUUGCAAAUGGCUGACAGAAUGAGAGAGGAUGGGUCUUGAUUUCGCAUAGACGGGAUUAAUAUUUCUAAAAAAUGUCGUGCAUCGUUUACACGCGUUAGCUUGAACGGUGUUUCUCGUUGAAAUUAUUGUCACAAUUAUACGUGAAUUAAACGCAAGCGUGGUAAGUGUGACAAAGUACGCGGGAAAAAAAUGACUCGUGGCCGGAGACACGCGCCCUCAGUUAAACUCAUCCGGUAACCGUCUCGAGGCACGUAAGCGCGUGGAAUUUCGAAUUAAUCGAUAGCAUUGUGAUUAUACGUGACCGCGGUCGGAAAAUAUCGUUUAUAAUGUGAAAUGUGUUACGAUACCGUCUACGAGAAAUAUUUACGUAAGGUAUAACGUGUAUAAUCAUCAGGAAAAGGAGCAUCAAAGGUUUUUACUAUAAAAUAAAGUCAAGUAAAAAUGCCUGCUGUGAGCAUUUGUGAUCCGGUUGCGGCUACACUCCGCCGUACUUUGGAGACCAACCAGACCAAAACACCAGAUGACCUGUCAGCGAAUUUAGUUACCAAUGCAUCAAGAAUUCUUCAGUCAGAAAUUCAAUAUAAAGAAGUUGAUGACUAUCAGACAACAAUUUUGGAUCAACUGAAAGCAAAGUACAUCGUAUUAAGUUUACCAAAUUCCGAGAGCUCUGAUGACAAGAUGAAAGAUGGAGCAAAUUAUACGAAAAAGAAUGAAAGGGCAUUUAAAGGACCCAGUCUACCAGAACCAACUGUUACUUUAUACUCUCCAAAGAAAGUUAGCCUAGGAUGGAAAGGUACAUUUCCAGUUGGCGCUGGCAUGUAUAAUGUUGGAAAUACAUGCUACUUAAACAGCACUCUUCAAGCUUUGUUUCAUGUGCCAGCACUUGUAAAUUGGUUAUUGUCAGACUCUCAUCAUGCAUCAAAAUGUGAACAAAAUGAUGGAAGUGGAGAAUGCUUAACAUGUGCAGUGGCUAAGACUUUGCAAUCUAGUCACCAAAAAUCAGGAUGUGCUAUUAAACCAUUUUACAUAUAUAACAAAUUGAAACUCAUUUGUCGAACCAUGGUGCCAGGACAGCAAGAAGAUGCUCAUGAAUUUUUACGUUAUUUAUUAGAAGGCAUGGAAAAAGCUUAUUUGACAAGACACAAAGCUAGCAAACUAGACAGUUACUCUAAGGAAACAACACCUAUUAACCAAAUUUUUGGUGGUUAUAUUCGUACUGAAGUAAAGUGCCUACAGUGUCGGCAUGUUUCCACUACUUUUCAACACUUUCAAGACUUAUUAGUUGAUAUACGUAAAGCAAGUACUCUGGAUGAAGCAUUAAGUAGCUAUUUUAGUCGCGAACAACUAGAUAACAAUGAUUACAAAUGUGAAGCUUGCAAAAGAAGAGUUCCUGCUACAAAACAAUUUAGCUUAGAACGGCCCCCGAAAGUGCUUUGUGUACAAUUAAAAAGAUUCAGCGUUCUAGGAGGAAAAAUAUCUAAACACAUAGGUUUCAAACAAACUAUAGAUAUGGGCCCUUACCUCUGGAAAGAACCAGGAGAACCUACGCAAUCACUUACAUACAAACUUAUGUCAAUAGUUACACAUAUGGGUCCAUCAGUUAAUUGCGGGCAUUAUACUGCUGUUGCGAAGGUUUCAACAGGCCAAUACUAUUCCUUUGAUGACUCUUGUGUUCGUCCACUUAGUUUGAGUAAUGUAUUUAAUACAAAUGCUUACAUAAUGAUUUUCGAAAUGGAACAACAAACACAAUCUCAAAUUCAUGCUCAACAGACUGUUAAAUUAAAUGGUACAGUGACUAUAAACAAUACAUUAUCUUCAGGAAGCAGUAUGAAUAAAACUAUAACUCCCAAGGCAUCGACAUCUGGAUUAUUUUCAUUAAAUGGAUUAGCUAAUGGCACAUCAGCUAAUAAAGAUAACACAGGCAAUUCAGAAAUAAAUUUACAAAUAUCGACAAAUAAAAAUUCAGGACUUCAAUUUACUACUCAAAAGACUACAAAUUUUAUUGGACCACAAUUACCACAAAAAUUACAAGAUAAAUCUCAACCAAGAUUAGUUAUGCAUAUUAAAAAUGGAAAAAUUUUGAAUGGGAAUAGUUUAGUUCCCUAUGAUGGAUCCAGUGAAGAAGAGGAUGUUAAUUCUAUUGAAACAUUAAAAAAUCAUACAAAUUUAAAUACUUCCACAAAAACAAACACUUCUACUAAUGCUACUAAUGGUACACAGAAAUGUUCCUCAGUAAAAACUUUCCCUAAAGUAAUACUUAAUUCUAAAGAAGUGCAAAAGUGUGCAUCAAAGACAAAUGGCAGUAAUGCGUCUCAGAAUCAAAGUACACAAUGUAUAAAAACACAAAAUGGCUCUAGCUGUAGUACCAUUACAAGUACAAUAAAGUAUCAAAAUGGUAAAUCAGAAACAAACGGAAAGGCAGAGAAUGGUAAUAAUAAUAGUAAAAAUAAAUGGCAUCAGCCUGUUAGAAAAGCGGGACAAGAGGACAAAGUGAUUACAAAAGUUACAAGCAGCAGUAUGAAAGGUUGGCAAGUUUCAAAGGAUACAUCAUUUUCUGCCACAUCAGCUGCAACAUCAAAUGGCUGGUCUGUGACUGAUAAGGAAGAUAUUCAUAAAAUUGGUCAAAAUAAUAUGACACCCAGUGCUGCAGCUUUAAGAGACUUCAAUGGAACAAAUCGUUCCGAUACUGUUUCCCACUUAUUAAAGAUGUCUCAUCGUGGUUAUGGCAAUUCUUCGGUUACAAAUUGGAAUGGUAAUAGAACACAUUUAGAUAGAGAAGUUGACAAUGAUAGAAGAGAAGAGCGUAAGCGACAUUUCAAUGCAGAUGAUGAAGAAAUAGACCGUGGUCGAGUAAAAAAAGUAAAAGAUCAUCGAACGUAUGAAGAAAGAAAUAACUCAGGGUAUAAUCCUUUCCAAGAAUAUCAAAAUGGUAAAACGUGGAACCGAUCUCUCGGUGGUUAUUACCGGAGACAUUACUAUAAUACUUCUAACAAUGUACGACCGCGACAUGGUAGAAAUUAUAGACCUCCACAUUACAGAUAUCAUAAUCAUUCUCGUGCACAUUGGCAACGAGAAUAAAAUAAAAAUAAAUGUUGUUGGGAAAAAUUUUCGAAAGCAAUCCGAUGUUGAAAGACUUCGUUAGUUUUCAAUUGCUAAAAAUUAUAAUUUUUCAAUAUGUUAAAAUUAAAAUACAGAUGUGGCAGUGCUGAUUUAGAUAAUUAAUGUUGGAGGUUCAACAUUUAUUGUAAUGAAUCGUUAAACUGCGUUGUAACAACCUUGCAUGUUCCUGAUAGAGUCUUCAUGUACUCUACUGUUGCUUGUAGCUCAUAUGUGUCUAUGAACAUAGUACACGGGGGAUGAGUAUCAGCAGCUCUGCCAAUCUUGUGUUCAGUAUGAACGGAACAAAUUUGUUUAUACCAUAUGAUAUGUGCAUUAAUUUAGAGUGCAUAUUAAACGUAUGUAUGGAUGCAAUUUUUAAGAGUUUAAACAGUAAUUCACAUAUGAUAACGUUUAAGCUGAUGUUUUUAUUGCUUUAGUUAUGAUUAUAAAAUUAUGUUCUUCUUUAAUUUAAAAUAACAUUCAUAUUACGUAACAGUAUAAAAAUCUCCAAUAAAUAUUUCGUGUUAAUCUUAUGUUACUUAUAUUAAAUUAAAACUGUAAACGUAAUAUUCCACGUAUAUCUAUAUUCGACAGAUAUUUCACUGUUUAUAGAAGUGUCCAUACAUUUUCAAAUAGAAAUAGAAUGCAUGUUGUUUACUAUAAAAAUAAAUUGGUUUUAACAGUGCAAAGAUAAAAUUAAGUAAAAGGAGAUGUUCUGAAAAUUUCAUGAAAAUAUUUUUCAUUUACAAUAUAAUAAUCCGUCCUUUAUUUUAAUUGAUAAAGAUACUCCUCCCUCAUCGAGCUAUAACAAAAAAAUUUAAUUGAACAUCUUGCUCGAUCAAAAAACAUGGUCUUCGUCAUCGCUUACUGAAGAAAAGUAUAUUCGUAACAAUUAAUUAAUCAUUGAUUAAUCAGUAAGUGAAUGAUUUAUUUAAACGCGCGACUUCAUUUUUCUUUUUUUACCAUAAUACAUACUUUAUUAUUCCAGAGCGAUUGUGGUACUUGUGAAUAAUCGAAUGAAGAGUAUUUCAUGGUAAUGGAUUAAUAGUAUCAACUUACUGAAAUAUUAGUUUAAAAGGAGAAAAAACUGUAAAUUAUAUAAAUGUAGAAUUUUAAUAUUAUGGACUUUUCAUAGAGCAUUAAAAAUUGCAAAGCCAUAGAUAAUUUGUUAAGCCAAUGAUAAAAAAAAAACAGCUGGCUUUUCGCCUGCUCGUUAUAUAUAAUACCUCGUUAUAUUAUUCUACAAAUUAAAUACUAGCCAAAAGGAAAAAAAGAAACAACCAUGUACUAAGAUCUGGUGAUUAUUAUAAAUUUUAUAGUACUCUAUAUUUUUCAGAAGAUACAUGACUUGAAUAUACGUGCUAAACUCGUAUCUUUAUGCAAAAUAUUAGUCGCAAUUGAAUAAUCAUGUUAGCUUAAUAUUACGGUGAAUAUAAUGUAAUUACCGUAAUAUAGCCUUAAGUUAAGUAUGAUAUAUCCGUUGAAAUAUAAUGAUAGUUUUUGCAUUGUACAUUUUACAAAUUCAUGUAUCAUUUGAAGAAUAAAAUUCAGAGUUCUGUAAAAUCGGUACAUCUGAUAGUGUAAACGUAUGUGAUAUCACUCCGUACAAUGGUGAACAACAGCAAACGCCAGAUUGAAUUUAUAUAUUAAGUAUCACGAAUGAAACGGAAAUUGUCGUUUGUACAAUAUUCGAACUAUCGAUACAAACAGAGUGAAAGAGACGAUAAAUCCAUAGAAACCAAUUCAUUUAUAUCGUACAGAAAAGGAAAAGACUAUCGCGUUUUUAAGCGGAGAUACUGUAAUCUGUAGACGCACGUAAUCUAUUUUUAUUUUUAUCUUGUAUUCUUAUAAUUUGUAAGAAGGUAAUUCUUUAUAUUUCUUCAUUUACUUCAUCCGUUUUGAAAUGGAGUUUUUGAUGAAAAAGGAAGAUCCUUCAUCCAAUGAGCUCAUAAGAACUGUCGAAAGAAAUGUGAGUAAACAAUUUGGCCCUUUCAUGCUUGAAAUAUAUGUAUUUAUAUUAAUUAUCAUUAGUUUUUAUUUAAAUUAUUAGUAAGAAAUUGUUUAAAAAUUCGCGCAUGUAAUAUAUUAAUUUCAAAGAUGUACUUUUAAUUGCUUAGCAUGAAAGAGUUGAAUGAUAAAAAGAGUUAACAACUUUAAUUAGUGAGUAUUAAAAAAAAAUGGAAAAGUGCAUUACUGUUUACUUGAGAAACUAAUUUAAAAAAUGUAAAUAAAGAUGAGCAACACAAAACAAUUGACAUUUAUUUAGGUAGCGAUUUUAAGAAUAGAAAGUCAUUAUAAUUUAAAAAUCAAUUAUGAAUUGGAUGUUAAGCUCACAUGGUUCCAUAAUAUAUCACGUAGUCUUACGGACAAACUUGAUUCUUUAUGGAAAUUGGCUGAAACGCAUCAGCCAACGGAAAAUGAAAUAAAACAAUUUGCUGAUCAAAUUGCAAGUUCAUGGACCUCUAUCAA